CUAUUAAACGUUCACAUUAUUAUUAUUAUUAUUUUGAAAUGUUUAUAAAAAUAUUCGUUUCAUUAAUGCGGCCAAUUUAAAAUCGGUAAAACUUUAUAACGAAAUUAUUAGAGCCGAAAAGGGGCGAGCAUGCGCAGCAGAUGAAAUAACCGAGAAAUUCUGUGGAACAAACUGGUCAAGUGGUCAACAAACUCCAUUGUGGAUUGUGGACUGUUAGGACUUUCUUUACUUCAGAAAAACUACUAAAAACAAUUAAAAAACUGUAUAAAGUGCAGUGAAAACCGUUAACCAUAGUGCAAUAAUAGUGGCAGUGCUUGUUCGUUAACCUUUUCAGUGCAGAAACAAUCAAAAAGUUUAGUCAAUGUCAGCAGGCGUGUCAGAUCAGCGGAUGAAAGGACAGGGAAAUCAAGUUUCCAAUGGGUCAAAAGAGCAAAUAGGGACAGCUGAAGGAGCAACUGGCUCAGAGGAAUUUGAGACAUGGAGGACCCAACAGCAAAACUCUGCUCAUACACCUUAUGGAGCUUCAGUUCCCAUUUCAACUGCCACCGAUAUUUACAAUAUGAGUACAGCAGGUUAUUACAACAGUGGAGGAACUUAUCCUUACCAAGCUUAUGGGGUAGGAGAUGGAACAUGGUCAAACGGCACAGACAUGACAUUUUUGAGUGGCUACCCCCACGAUUCAUACUCCAUGGACGGUAUAUCUUAUAAUUAUCAAAAUAACAGGAUGUUUGGUCCGUCAACCACAUUUUCCACAGCAACAUACCAAGGGCAACCCUCUUCCUUCAACUACUUCCACAGCAAUGGGGACUACAACACCUGGAGCAACCAGUUAAGUGGUCAGCGCAAGUACGACGACUACUACAGAGAUCAGCAAAAUAUGUAUACACAGGCCAUGCCCGAUAAUUCUCUUAAGGGCGUCGAACAUGCUAUGCAAAACCUAGACCUGAAAUCCUCUAGCGAUAGUAAAGACUUAAGUCAACAAAAGAAGGCAACGUGGGCGAGUAUCGCGAGCCAACCGGCAAAGCCUCAACUCCCGAUGCCGAGUCAAGGGCUUAAAAAGAAAGGACCGGGUAUGCCGCCCGGCCCUAUUGUCCCCGGCAAACAUAAUAUCGAUAUCGGUACGUGGGAAACGAACAAGAGCACCCCGCCCCAAAUACCGCUCGCGAUGGUACCGAGCGCCCCGCUACCGUUACCGCCCCAGCAACAGCCUAAACCGGUACCGCCUCCGGUGACGGGCAUUUUACCGCCUCCACAAGCUCCGGCCGGUCCGGUACGUGCGGCAUGGACGGGUCCGCCGCCCCAACAACCGCAACCUGCGCCGCAGCCACGUCAACCCGCUCAGGCGCCCCGUGGGCCCCAACUUCCGAUGCAGGGUCCUCCCGCCGCGGCUCCUGCCUUCCAACAGCCGCCCCCGAUGAUGCCGGCGCAUUUGCCUCCGCCUCAGGUGCCGCCUCCAAACACGCAUAUACAGCAAAGCAUAAUGCCUGCCCCAGUUACGAUGAUAAUGCCCAAUACCGCACCGGGUCAACAAGGAAACCAUCCCGUUUUAGAGGAGCUCCGUGAGAAAAACAAUUACAACCCCACCGAGUUCGACUUGUCAGCUCCUAACGCGAGGUUCUUCGUAAUCAAAUCGUACUCUGAGGACGAUAUUCAUCGUAGCAUCAAGUACGAAAUAUGGUGUAGUACCGAGCACGGCAACAAAAGACUCGACCACGCCUACAGAGACAGGGAGGGUAACGGUUGCGUUUACUUAUUCUUCUCCGUAAACGGUUCCGGGCAUUUUUGCGGCAUGGCCCAAAUGGUGUCCGCCGUCGAUUAUAAUUCCAACAGUUCCGUUUGGUCGCAGGAUAAGUGGAAGGGGCAAUUUAAAGUGCGGUGGAUAUAUGUUAAGGACGUUCCGAACGUACAGCUCAAGCAUAUUCGUUUAGAAAAUAACGAUAAUAAACCGGUGACGAAUUCUCGGGAUGCUCAAGAGGUGCCACAUGCCAGAGGAUUACAGGUCCUCCGUAUAAUGCACUCGUACCGACACUCGACCUCGAUUUUUGACGAUUUCAUCCACUACGAGAAGCGGCAAGAGGAGGAGGACACCCGGAAACAACCGAAGGAGGGCGGCGGUUACCACGAAGGGGGCGGCGGCGGAGGCCGAGACGGUCCCGUAGUAAAUGACGGACGCGGUGGACGGCCGGACCAUCACCGCGACCACAGGGGGGGCGGCAAUCGGAACCACGAUCGCGACUAUCGGGACGGCGAUAGGAAUGACGGGCAUCGUGGAGGAGGAGGCGGCGGUGGACAUAGAGAGGGACGGGAUAGGGAUGGCGGACACCACGGGGGUGGUGGUGGUGGAUACCAUAGGGAUCGGGAUAACAGAGGCCGAGGCGGGGGACGUAACGGUGGAAGGAACAACUAAUCAAACUUCACGCGACCAAUAAUUAAGUUUUCGUUGUUUUUUUUUUUUUUAAUCUGGAAUUAAUGGCCGCUGACUUACCUUAGUGUUACACCAUACACCAGCUUCUUAUAUGUUACUAUAAUUUUUUACUAAACCGAUGAUAUUCCUUUUCGGUUCGAGAAAGUUUGAUUUACCUGGCCCAGGUAGUUAAGAAAAAUAAUUCGUGGGAUAUAACCGAUUAAUGUUUUAAAACAAAAAAAAAAAAGGUAUAUGGAUUCUCUAGUAUUGUAGUUAAAAAUUAACAAACUUAGCGGCUCACUAGUCGGAUCAGGCGUAUAUGGAGGAUUCUAUUAAACAAAAAAAAAAAAAAGAAAGUUACAAGUGCAGUGUUUUGUGUUUCGCUGAAGUGAACAAGAUUGACUGAAAAAUUACCGUAAUGUAAAUUAAAUGAACAAUUUUUAAAUAAAUGGACCUUUUUUCCGUUAAUUUUUUCCGGACGUUUUUUAAGUGCGGUACGGGCGUGACAGAGACCUUUAAUCGCGGACGCCUUAGAACUGUGUUAUGUAUGAAACUCUUUAAAAUAAUCGGAUUCGUUGCUUUAAACGAACAUAAGUGGUAAACAUAAUAUGUUGAGUUAUUUUCAAUUUAUGGAUUUCUAACUUUGUAAGUAAAUAAUGCACUGUUUUUUAUAUUGUUGGUUGAUUAGAAAGUUUAAUGUUAAAUGACUGUAAAACCAAACACGCUAUGUUCGAUUAUGUAUAGGUGAAUUUGAACUAGGAGAACGAAGGUAGUCAAUUUGCAAUAUUUUCAACUUUGUACAGAACCCGAUUGUUUCCAAUUUUAAACGAAUGUAAAUUUUGUAAAUAUUUUUGUUGGGUUUUAAUUUCCAUGUGUAUAUACUCAUCCGAAAUUUUAAUGAACAAAAAAGCAGGGUAAUCAGGAAACUGCAUAUAUUUUUUUUAAAUCGUUUGCUCUCGGUCUUUCUUGUACUUACAUAAAAAAAGAAAAUACUACCUACACCAAUACAAAUUUCCUAUGCCCGCUAGCCCUAAGGAAUUUUAACUUUUUUAUUAAAAGAAUGUUUAGAAAAUCGUUAACACUGUAAAGUAACACUUAAUUUAGAACAUAGCUGGUUGGUAAGACGUUUAUUGUAUACCGUGCCUAAAUAAUUUUAGACUGAUACUCCCGCAUGGAGGCAUAUCAAAUUAAUUAUUGUCAAUGAUCCGAACAGUGGGCAUCUGUUGAUAACUAUUAUUAAAGAAAUAUAUAUGAACAUUUA